GUCUUUUUAAAAAAAAUAAUAAUAUGACAAAAUCGUUAAUAAAUCGAUUGACUAAAUUAUUAAACCGAUACUUUUAUUUUCUGUCUUAAAAUCGCAGAUUAUUUGGCGCCCGCAUGUUUUGUUCUCUCCCUAAAUUAAAUAGGCUGCCAAUCACUAAAAUCCGUUCUAAAAGCAUACAAAGCUUCUUUUAAAAAUUUUAAAGACAAAGUUUUAUUCAGAAGCCCCACUCUGCGGAAUAUGGAUAAUUUGCCCUUGAUGAACCAUUGCGAAUCAACCGUAAAAUUGCGCUCUCUCUCCAUCUCUCUCCGCCCCGGUGCUGUCCGUCACCCAUCGCUUUUUAUUCAUCUCCAAAUUACAUUAAUGUCAUGUGUUGAGCCCCACGCCCCUGUUUUGCUUUUUUUUCCCCUCUCUCCCCCUUUCUUUUUUAGCAAAUAAGCAACCUAACUCGUUCAUGUCAUCAGCAUAAUCACUUGGGAGAGGUCCCUGAGGCCGGGAGAUCUGGGUCCUAUCCUCCGAGGGGAGACGGAGGUUUGUGUAACUCUACUCAAACCUGAGGGGGAGUUCGGAGUGUUUGGUCAACGGCAGUGGUUCCUGGAAAAGAUCUGAAUCGCUUCAUAACCAAACCCAGCUGCGGUUCUGCUGCGGGCUGCAGCCUCUCCGUGCGUGCAUGCGUGCGUGCGGGCGCGUUUUCAUCUGAAUGAGGUAGACGGAGAGGAAGGGGUUUCAGGAGGAGAGAUAGAGAGGGAGGGAAAAGAGGAGAGAGGGGAAAAAAAAGUUUGCUCUUCUUUUCCCCUUGACUCUUUUUUUAGGCAUGAACGCCGAGACCUGUGUCCCAUACAGCGACAUGACAUCCAUGGAUUCAUAUUAUAGCCCCUCUGCUGCUCAAGGUAGGGAUCACCAGGCGGACCACUUUAGGACAUUUCCAGCUAGUGACAUCAAAUACAGCUCCACCGCCUUCCUGUCCAGCAAAGGUCAGGCUUACGGAGAGAAGUCCCGGAGCCCCUUCCAGCAGGAGUGCCAGUCAUUGGAUGCCGCCGCAGCUGGGCAAGGCUCUUUCAGCAAAUACCACCUCUUCAUGCACAGGUCCUCCUGCAAAACACCGCCCGCGGACGACAAACUACUCCCGGAGAGGGGACACAACGGAGCGCUCGUCCCGUGCUAUGGUAAGGACAGUUCAGGCCUGACAGACUCUGAUUUGGCCCCAGACUCUGAUCCACCUGGAAUGGACUCCAGAUACUUGGCUGUGAAGGACCAGGGUGUCAAGGCAGCCUCAGAAAGGUCGCCGAGCAAUGACUUGGCGAGUCCGCUGGAAAAAGUCGACGGUGGCGAAAGCAACAAGGGCAAGAAGAGACGCAACCGCACCACCUUCACCAGCUACCAGCUGGAGGAACUGGAGAAGGUUUUCCAAAAGACGCACUAUCCUGACGUUUACGCCCGGGAGCAGCUCGCUUUGAGGACUGACCUGACUGAAGCCCGAGUGCAGGUGUGGUUCCAGAACCGAAGAGCAAAGUGGAGGAAGAGGGAACGAUUUGGUCAGAUGCAGCAGGUCCGAACACAUUUCUCAACUGCUUACGAGCUGCCGCUCCUGACGCGUCCUGAGAACUACGCACAGAUCCAGAACCCCUCCUGGAUCGGCGGCAGCAGUGCAGCAUCUCCUGUCCCUGGCUGCGUUGUUCCCUGCGACACCGUGACCACCUGCAUGACCCCGCACCCCCACUCUGCCAGUGGGGUCUCCGACUUCCUGGGCGUAUCCAGCCCCGGGGGACACAUCGGACAGCCUCACAUGGGCAGCCUGUUUGGCGGCUCUCCUGGCAUGGCCGCAGGCAUCAACACGUACGAUCUCAACAUGGAUCCCGACCGCAAAUCCUCCAGUAUCGCUGCUUUGCGUAUGAAAGCCAAAGAGCACAGUGCUGCCAUUUCUUGGGCAACAUGAUGCGCCGACACACGCUGGAUGGGGGAUCUUACGCGAACGAGGGGCACUCAAUUCAAAACUCUGCAGGAAGAAGUGACUGCCUUUAGAAAUGCUGCAACAAAAAUGAUUAUGAGCAUCGGAGAUGGCUGGCAGAGAUUUGCCAGGUUUCAGUGCCUCUGCUGGAGGAAAGUCGGUGUGAAAAGCCUGAUAGAAAGAAAUGCUGUGGUCCAGACAGACAAAGAGGAGGAUUUCAAACACUCUCAUGCACUUAUUUGCCCACGUUUAUUGUCUGUGCAUUGCUAUAAGUGUAUGCCGUUUGGAGUUUGGUGCUGUUUUCAUUUUUACUUUAUUCAAUUUUUUUUUGUAGGAUUAUUUUUCUUCUGAAUUCUUUGUACUUUUUGCAGAUACUUCAACAACAAAAAAAAAAAAACUAAACAAAAAACUGAAAGUCAUUGUUCAAUUUUUUAAGCCACAAUGAUUUUUUUUUCCCCCCCAUCAACAAUAUUUUUAGCAUUAGCAAAUUUUUUUUAAAUUUGCUAAUACAGGGGCUAUAAAGAAAAACAAGCGUUUUGGAAAAUCAUCCUGCACAUCCAUCACGUCGAGAAGCUCCUCACAUUCAUCAUAUCUUUCCGGCAAAGAAAUUAAUAGUGCGAGUUUAGGAAGGCAUAAACCCGUAGGCGGUUCUGUUUCCUCACAUCUAAAUGUCGAGUGGGUGAAAUAUGAUUAGGCUGAUCGAGAUGGGAGAUCCACCUGCUGCACUGAGUGGGCCUGCUGAUGCCCACAGAGAGGAGGCGAUGGACGAGGAAGUGAGAGGGGAGGCCACACAGCAGGCCUGCUGCUCUCUGGACCCGAGAGCCUUGAAACAGACGCGCCUCUCUUUCCAAAAAGGACAUUUUCCCUAGCAAGUGGACUCAACCGAGCCCCUUGCCUUUCUUCAGAGAAGGAAGCGCCCUCAGACUUUCGGGAAUAACACAGAAACAAGCAAUCCCCGCGUUUGAAAGAGGAGAGAAGACCAGCACAGAUUGCAAAGUGUGCGUUGACGCUUUGAGGCUUUUCAAGGACUUGUCAUUGUUUAACUUUUAAGGAUUUUCAACAAGAAGAAUGUGUCUAGCUGUCAAAGCAGUUAAGUUAUUAAGGAACCACAGUCAAAGUUGAACAGGUGGUAUUUUUUUUUAUCUUUUUUUUUCUUUUCUAGUUGCUCUAUUCAAAGUACUUACAGCAUCAAAGUCACUGUUAAUUGAAAAACGUCUUUAUAGGGGGGAUGACCAUGUGACAAUAACACAAUUAUUAAUUAUAAUCUACAUUUCAGGUGAAGCAUGAAAGAAGCCUGUCAAAAAGUCUAAAUCUUUCAAGUUCAUAUAAGAACAACAUUCUGGCAGAGUUUUAGUAUGGGUGUAAUUGUUAGGUUCAAUGUCUUUCAAUAAAGAAGGAAAGGUAAAAGAGCUCAGCACAGUCCAGAAACAACUGGCCCGAUAAACAGUCCUGGUUCGAAAUGUUGCCACUGAAGAGAAGCACAGAACCAAAAGUGUUCAGAUUCAAACAGAUUCAAAUAAAAGGAGAUCAUUGUGGAACAGCAUCUAAAGAUACUACACAUGGAGCAGGUUUUAAUAAAGUUUUCUAUUAAGUCAUUAUGUUUUUGUACUGCCAAAUCUAUGCUAAUCUUUAGUGAAGACUAAUUAUACCGGUGACUGCUUAAAGCAGGGUUAAGAAAAUCUUGGCCAGUUGUCUCUUGGCCUGUUAUUGACUAAAAGUCUGAUGUUCUCUUCAUUAUGACAAAGAAGCAGAAAUCGGUCAAUUUCCACAUAAAGAAAUUAAUAAAAUUUUGUGCUAUACCAAAUUUUAAAAUUUAGCAUAACACAUUUUUCGUCAAAGGAAGAAUUGUUAUUUUUAUGUUAAAAUAAAUUUAAAACAGCCAAAAGGACAGUAAGGCAUCAAUAAUAGAGCCUAGGACAAAUAAGUAAUUUAUUUAUUUUUUGUCAUUGUUAAAAAUAACUUUAGUUAAAUUCACCAGCUAUUAUAGGUUUUAUUUUUUGUUUGGUUUUUUUUGUUGAUUGAAGGUGUGUUUACCUUCAGACUGCUUAUCAAUUAUUUAAAACUGAGUGUACAGUAAAACGACAGGUAUUACUUGCUAGAUACAGGAAGGAGAAUAGACAGAUAAAAGUCAGAUGGAUUUAACCAAAUGUUUCAGAUCUCACUGGGGAUAUCAUUCAUAUAUUUUAACAAUAAGGAAUAGCUUCCCCCCUGGCAAUAGCUUCCUGUUGUGACAGAAAUAACAAAUGAAGUUUUCCAUAGUUCGAUAGCAUAGGGGUGGACAUAUUUCCUGUGACCAGAAAGCUAAUCUUCGGCUUAAAGCAUAACAAAGAUGUUCAGUUUCUCAAAAAGUCAAUCUGAAAUGCUGCACCAAGUCGAAAGGCAGAGGAUUUCCCCAAACUGAACCGCAUUAACUUUCCCUUUUGUUUGGCUGGAGCAGCAGCUUACAGGCCAUCAUCUGUCAGCAGAGAUCACUCUAAAAUUAUCUGCAUUAUCUUAAACUCUGUGGCGAAAAUGGUAGGGUACGUGUGUGCAUGUGUAUUCUUUAUGAGGUUGCCCCCUCCCCUCCGUUUUAGCUGAGGGGUUGAACGAAGGGCGAGCUGUGAGGGCGUCUGUGCGUUCCGGUGUUCUGGGAAAAGGACAGUGCACACACAGCUGCGGUCGAGGGGUAAAUGCAAAACAAACAUGCCUCACACAUGCUUCCAGCUUCAGCUGUCACAGCUCUGCUUUCAAACGAUUCGCCCCUAUCACACAUGAUGCACCGCGCCUCUUCCUGGGCUUGCCUCCAUCACGUCCAAAACAGCCCCAAAAGCUGCAGCCAGUAAUCAGCUGCAGGGUCCGAAGGCCGCGCAGAUCAGUGAGGCUCUUUAAUUAACACAGAGCCAUGUGGAGGCUGAGGACCACCAUAUUGUGUGUCAGGAUGGACAGGAGCAUCUGGUUUGACGAAGACUGUCCAUCUGCACAGAGCAUGCAAACGCUACAGCGCUGAGUUGCUCAGGUUUACAGAACACAUAAUCAGUGUUGUAGCUUUUUAAAAAAAAAAAAAAAAAAAAGAAUUUAGGUUUUGCUUGUCUUUUUUUUUCUGUUUGUUUGUAUCUUUUAUAGGUCUAUUAAUGCCAGGAAGCGUCUUCCUGUCUGCUGCAUUAAUUCUGCCAUGAAUGACUCCACUUCCCAGUUUUCUCAGUUUCUGAUACUACUGAAGUCAAGUAAUCAGCAUAGGAGUAACUAUAUGAUGAAUAUAUGUGUUGAUGCAUUGUUGUACAUGCAGAGAAGAUUGAUGUGUCAUAGCUCUUGGAAUUGUAAUUAAAUUGAUGUUUAGUCAAUAUUUUUGAAUCAGUUUAUCAAGUAUUUAAACAUGCUUUUAAGUACUCUUUGAAUAUACACUUUAAAAAAAAUACCUGGAGGUGUAUACAUGUAUUUUCAAAGAUGAAUGAACAGAAUUUGUCUGCUUAUGUUCUGUAAAAGUUUUUUUUUUUCCAUGUUUGUGGCUUUAAGCUACCUUUUAGUUAAGAAAUCUGCUCUCGCAUGUGUUGUUUGAGUGAUUAAAGUACUAUAAGUUAUUGCA